AUGAAGGAAUAUUGCGGCUCUUUGGCCUCAAUACUUGGUAUGUUGGCUUUUUGUCAAAGUCUUCUUCAAGUAUUAUGUCCACCAGAACGCCGGUUUGCAACUCUGAAACUCUUCCACCGGAUCUUUAACAUGUUCACUUCUUAUUGCUACUUUGAUAUCACAGAAAUUGAUGGAGUUAACACCAACGAGCUCUACAACGCAGUCCAGCUCUAUCUAAGCUCCUCUGUCUCCAUCUCUGGUAGCCGUUUGAGCCUCACUCGUGCUCUGAAUUCAAGUGCCAUAACUUUUGGCCUAACAAACAAUGACACUCUCUUCGACACCUUCAAUGGUGUUGCUGUCCUUUGGGAACAUAUUGUGACUGAAAGACAAGCAUUGACAUCUUCUUGGCGUCCAUUGCCUGACGAGAAGAGGGGUUUCACUCUACGUAUCAAGAAAAAGGACGAGUCUUUGAUUCUUGAUUCUUAUCUUGAUUACAUUAUGGAGAAAGCCAAUGAAAUAAGGAGGAAAAAUGAGGAAGUUUGGAUUUAA